AAUCACACUUAUAAAUAGGAGAUAAAACAUCUGGCGCCAUUUCUUGCUAGCUCAACAAAGUAUGCUGAGAAGAAGCACUCAGUUUUUCCAUCACUGCAAUCUCCAAACAUUCAUAUCUAUCGCAAUAAACAGAAAUUUCUCAAUCCACCAAUCAACAAAGCUCGAUUCUUUCCCCCCUAAUUUUCCUAACUCAAACAUCGCAGCACCCACUUUCAAACUAAUUCAUGCAUCAUCGCAAGAAUAUGAUUUUAUGCUAAACGAGUGCGUGAACCGGAAGCAUGUGAGAGGAGGCCAAACGGUGCAAGCCCACAUGAUUAAAACCCGUUACCUUCGCCAUGUGUACCUUGGCGGGAGGCUGAUCGUGUUGUACUUGAAAUGUGGGUGUCUGGAUGAUGCGCGAAUGAUGUUCGAUGAAAUGCCCCAUCGAAAUGUAGUGUCGUGGACGGCGAUGAUUUCUGGGUAUACCAAGAGUGGGUUUUACUACGAAGCUCUCCGUCACUUUGUGGAGAUGCUGAGAUCAGGUACCAAUCCCAACGAGUUCACUUUUGCUACGGUGCUUACUUCUUGCACGAGUGCUUCCCAGUUGGAAUGUGGAAGACAGAUCCACUCACUUAUAGUCAAGAGCUCUUUUAUAUCCCACGUUUAUGUUGGUAGCUCACUUCUUGACCUGUAUGCCAAAUCUGGAAGAAUCCACGAAGCCCGUCUUGUAUUUGAAGGUUUACCGGCGAGAGAUGUGGUUUCGUGCACGGCUAUCGUUUCGGGCUAUGCUCAACUAGGAUUUGAUAAAGAGGCUCUUGAUCUUUUCUGUGGGUUGCAAAGAGAAGGUAUGGCUUUUAACCAUGUUACCUAUGCCUGUGUUUUGACUGCCCUUUCGGGGCUUGCUGCGUUUGAGUAUGGAAGACAAGUGCACGGCCAUGUUCUCCGAUCUCACCUAUCCUUCUACAUUGUCCUUGAGAAUUCUUUGAUUGAUAUGUACGCGAAAUGUGGACACCUCGUUUACGCUAGGAGGAUCUUUGAUGAAAUGCGCGAAAGAAGUGUUAUCUCUUGGAACGCAAUGCUAGGAGGCUAUGGUAAACAUGGAGAUGGGGAAGCUGUAGUUGAGUUGUACAAUAAGAUGAGGGAAGAGAAUAAAGUCAAUGCCGACAGCACAACUCUUUUAAUAGUACUAUCCGGUUGCAGUCACGGCGGAAUGGAACAGAUAGGCCUCGAAUUCUUUGAUGAGGCGGCCUCAACGAGUGGUGUUGAUCUAGGCAUUGAGCAUUAUGGCUGUGUUGUUGACUUACUCGGGCGCGCUGGCCAGUUAGAGAGGGCGUUGCAGUUCGUAAAAGAGAUGCCUCUCGAGCCCAAUGCUGCUAUCUGGGGUUCGCUUCUGGGGGCGUGCAGGGCUCACCAGAACUUCCGAGUUGGGAAAGUUGCUGCGGAUCAUCUUCUUGAGAUAGAGCCCGAAAACGCAGGAAACUAUGUGAUGCUUUGUAAUCUAUAUGCAUCUGAUGGGAGGUGGCACGAGGUGAGGAAAGUGAGGCAGUUGAUGAAAGAGAAGGCGGUGGUGAAGGAGCCGGGGAAGAGCUGGAUGGCGUUGGGCCAGACCCUUCACACCUUCUAUGCAGGUGACCGGUCCCAUCCGGGCAACGAGGAGGUGCUGUGUAAAGUAGGGGAGAUGUCGGAUCGGAUAAAGGCAGCCGGAUACGCUCCUGAUCUGAGUUGCGUUCUUCAUGACGUGGACGACGAGCAGAAAGAGAGCGCGUUGCUCGGGCAUAGUGAGAAACUAGCUCUAGCUUUUGGAAUGAUGAAUGUUUGUGAACCGAAGCCUAUACGCGUAAUGAAGAAUCUGAGGAUCUGUGUGGAUUGCCAUAGCUUUGCAAAGUUUGUGUCCCUAGUUUACAGCAGGGAGCUGUUUAUUAGAGAUACAAGUAGGUUUCACCAUAUUGUAAAUGGAAUGUGUUCUUGUAGAGAUUACUGGUAAAAAAUCCUUCAAAAUUCUUUUGUUUUCUUUAC